AUGGCCAAUAAUACAACAGCAACAAAUACUCCGCAUAGUCCGGAAAAAAGUGAAACUUCAUUGGAAAAUCAAAACUCACAAUGUGAAAAUGCUGAAACGGAUAACAAUCAUCCCUUAGGAAGUAACAGUGGUAGGACAAGAUUACGUCCUGAGGAUAUUUCACCCCAUGAAACGGCCGGCGUUCGUUAUGGCAAGUGCAAAUGGUUCAAUGUUGCAAAGGGUUGGGGAUUUUUAACACCCAAUGAUGGAGGUCAUGAAGUAUUUGUACAUCAGAGCAUUAUCAAAAUGUCUGGCUUUCGUUCGUUGGGAGAACAAGAAGAAGUUGAAUUUGAAUGCCAACUAACGGAACGAGGUCUGGAGGCUACCCGAGUUUCAGGGAUUGAAGGCAGCGACUGUCACGGUAGUACAUUUCGACCACGAAGUAAAAAACGUCAUCGCCGGGUACGCUGCUAUAAUUGUGGUGAAUUUGCCAAUCACAUUGCUUCGAAGUGUCAUCUGGGACCUCAGCCGAAACGAUGUCAUUUGUGCAAACAGGAUGAUCACUUAUUUGCCAAUUGUCCAACCAAGAAGAAUCAAAAUGCAGAUCAAUCAAAUGCUGAGCAUGAUACUGGAAAUAAUAAUGAAGCCAAUGUUGCCAAUGAAAUCGAAACCGAUCAAAGCUAA